UUUGCGGCGUCUCGCGGGCCUCCGCCUUGGCCGUCAGCAGGGAGGAAGAGCCGGGAGGCGGCGCAGCGGCGGCGACGGAGGGCAGCGCUGAGGAGGCGACGGGCCGCGGGCGGCCUGGGAGCCGCAGUGAUUUUUUUUCUUUUUCCUUUUUUUCUGACGUUUUCCUCGGCCUCGUCUCCCGCGGGCCGCGGCCGGGUUGCGCCGGGAGGGCCUCCCUCGGUCCCCGCGCGGCCUGAGGGCUCGCUCCGUUCCGAGGACAGGGAAGAGGGAGGCCAGGGCUUGCGGGCACGGCCGAUGGCGGGGACAUUUCCCACAACAUGAUGGUUGAGGACCCCCGGCCCCCAGACACACACAGCUCCCCUCCCUGAAAAUUCCGGGCCCUUCCAAGCCUGCACCCUCCCCCAAGCCCGUGUGACUCGACGGAGACAAAGGGGAGGCGGCUUCGCUCACACACGCGCGCUCGCGGGGCGUGGGGCUCGGGCGGACGGACGGACGGACGGCCGCGGCGCCGCCACAUUCCUAUGCCGGGGAGCGGCGGCGGCUCCCGCGAGCGGCGGCGGCGGCCGGGCGGCCUCGCCCCGGCCCCGAUGGUCUGAGCACCCCGAUCCCCGCCAUGUGAAAGGUGGGAGCCGGGACAGCCCGAGGAGCCGCGGCCGGCAAAGAUGGGGGAUGCUGCAGACUCCCGGGAGCUGAGGAAGACGUUCAUUGUUCCAGCCAUCAAGCCCUUUGACCACUAUGAUUUCUCCAGGGCCAAAAUCGCCUGCAAUCUGGCCUGGCUGGUGGCCAAAGCCUAUGGGACAGAAAAUGUCCCAGAGGAACUUCAAGAACCCUUUUACACAGAUCAGUAUGACCAGGAACACAUCAAACCACCUGUUGUUAAUUUGCUUCUAUCGGCUGAACUUUACUGUCGUGCUGGGAGUCUCAUUCUCAAGAGUGAUGCUGCAAAGCCCCUGUUGGGCCAUGAUGCUGUCAUGCAAGCUUUAGCACAGAAGGGCCUUUAUGUCACUGACCAGGAAAAGUUGGUAACAGAACGAGAUCUCCACAAGAAACCCAUACAGAUGGGUGCACAUCUGGCCAUGAUAGACACUCUCAUGAUGGCUUACACUGUAGAAAUGGUCAGCGUGGAAAAGGUGAUCACAUGUGCUCAGCAGUAUUCAGCCUUUUUCCAAGCCACAGAUCUGCCCUACGACAUCGAGGAUGCUGUCAUGUACUGGAUAAACAAGGUCAAUGAACAUUUGAAAGACAUAAUGGAACAAGAACAGAAAUUGAAGGAACAUCACACGGUUGAGGCUUCUGGAGGUCAAAAGUCUCCUUCCAAAUGGUUUUGGAAACUGGUUCCAGCUCGUUAUAGAAAAGAGCAAACGUUGCUUAAACAACUGCCUUGCAUUCCAUUGGUAGAAAACUUGCUGAAGGAUGGCACGGAUGGCUGUGCACUGGCCGCCCUGAUUCAUUUUUACUGCCCUGGUGUUGUGAGGUUAGAGGAUAUUUGUUUGAAAGAAACUAUGUCUUUGGCUGAUAGCCUGUAUAACCUACAGCUGAUUCAGGAAUUUUGUCAGGAAUACUUGAACCAGUGUUGCCACUUCACCCUGGAAGAUAUGCUCUACGCUGCUUCAUCCAUAAAGAGUAAUUAUCUGGUGUUCAUGGCAGAACUCUUUUGGUGGUUUGAAGUUGUGAAGCCAUCGUUUGUACAGCCUCGUGUUAUUCAUUCACAAGGAGCUGAAUCUGUGAAAGAUCCUGCUUCAGCCCCUGCCCUGAUCGCUGCCAGGAGAAAUGCUUCAGAUGGUUCGUGGAGUUCUCGCUUCACCUCAAGUGGGGAAGGAGCUGCAUAUUCAGAGGCUCGUCAUUUGCCUUCUAGGUACUCACGUCCCCAGGCUCAUUCUUCAGCUUCAGGAGGGAUUAGAAGGUCUUCAUCUAUGUCUUAUGUUGAUGGCUUCAUAGGGACAUGGCCCAAAGAGAAAAGAUCAUCAGUACAUGGUGUUUCAUUUGAUAUUUCUUUUGAUAAAGAAGAUAGUGUACGGAAAUCUACUCCAAACCGAGGAAUCACUCGUUCUAUUAGUAAUGAAGGACUUACUCUGAAUAACAAUCGCAUGUCUAGACACAUUAGGAAAAAUUUGUCCUUCAAGCCGGUAAACGGAGAAGAGGAAACAGAAAGCAUUGAGGAAGAACUUAACAUAGGAUCUCAUGGUGAUCUCAGGUCUUACAUGCCCUUUAAUACAAAUGAGCUAAAUUCUAAUGAGAACAUUCAUUACAAGCUUCCAAAUGAAGCUUUGCAAAACAGAAUCCUUCUAGAUGAGUUUGGCAAUCAGAUUGAGACACCAAGCAUUGAAGAAGCAUUACAGAUAAUUCAUGAUACUGAAAAAUCUCCCCAUACUCCUCAGCCAGACCAAAUUGCUAAUGGCUUCUUCCUUCAUAGCCAGGAAAUGAGUAUCCUAAAUUCAAAUAUGAAGCUAAAUCAAUCUAGUCCUGAUAAUAUAACUGAUACAAAAGGUGCCUUGAGUCCCGUAACUGACAAUACUGAAGUAGACACUGGUAUUCAUGUUCCUUCAGAAGAUAUUCCUGAAACUAUGGAUGAAGAUUCUUCUUUGAGAGACUAUACUGUGAGCUUAGACUCUGAUAUGGAUGAUGCAUCUAAAUUUCUUCAGGAUUAUGACCUGCGAACCAGCAACCCCAGAGAAGCUUUGAGCCCUUGCCCAAGUACUGUCAGUACUAAGUCUCAACCAGGCAGCAGUGCUUCUUCGAGUUCUGGAGUUAAAAUGACCAGUUUUGCAGAACAGAAGUUCAAGAAGCUGAACCACACUGAUGGGAAAAGUAGUGGGAGCAGUUCUCAGAAAACAACACCAGAAGGCUCUGAACUUAAUAUUCCUCAUGUUGUUGCUUGGGCACAAAUUCCAGAAGAAACAGGUCUUCCCCAGGGCCGAGACACUACCCAGCUGUUGGCUUCUGAAAUGGUCCAUCUUCGGAUGAAGCUAGAAGAAAAGAGACGUGCUAUAGAAGCCCAGAAAAAGAAAAUGGAAGCUGCUUUUACUAAGCAGAGGCAGAAAAUGGGAAGGACAGCAUUCCUUACUGUGGUGAAGAAGAAAGGGGAUGGGAUCACCCCUCUUCGAGAGGAAGCAGCGGGGGCAGAAGAUGAGAAGGUCUACACGGACCAAGCCAAAGACAAGGAGUCUCAGAAACCACACGGGCAAAGGAGCAAGUCUCUGGCGGAUCUGAAAGAAAGCAUGGAGACCCCUCCGGCCAAGUGGCUGAAGUCUCCAACCACGCCUGUAGACCCCGAGAAACAAUGGAACCUGGCAAGCCCCUCAGAGGAAAACCUAAAUGAAGGAGAAAUUUUAGAAUAUACAAAAUCCAUUGAAAAGUUAAAUUCAUCCCUGCAUUUUCUACAACAAGAAAUGCAGCGUUUGUCACUUCAACAGGAAAUGUUGAUGCAGAUGAGAGAGCAACAAUCCUGGGUAAUUUCACCACCUCAGCCCUCUCCACAGAAACAGAUUCGAGAUUUUAAAUCCUCUCGGCAGGCAGGCCUGUCGUCAGCCACAGCGCCAUUCUCAGACUCCACUCGGCCUACUCAUCCUUCACCUCAGUCAUCCAACAGGAAAAGUGCAUCUUUUUCUGUUAAAAAUCAAAGGACUCCUAGGCCAAAUGAAUUAAAAAUAACACCACUGAAUCGAACCCUGACACCCCCACGAUCUGUGGAUAGUCUACCUCGAUUGAGGAGGUUUUCACCAAGUCAGGUUCCAAUUCAGACUAGAUCAUUUGUUUGUUUUGGAGAUGAUGGAGAUCCUCAGCUAAAGGAAUCCAAACCCAAAGAGGAAGUUAAGAAGGAGGAAUUGGAGCCUAAAGGGACAUCUGAUCAUCAUGGACAUAAUUCAGAAGAAAAGGAAAUCAAACCUCUGGAGUCAACGGUGUCUGAAGUCCUGUCUCAGCCUGUCACAGAGACUGUAUGUCUGACCCCAAAUCAGGACCAACUGAGUCAGCCCGUAGAACCCCCUCCUAAACCCAUUUUUCCACCUACUGCUCCAAAAAAUGUUAAUCUGAUUGAAGUUUCCCUCUCAGAUUUGAAACCCCCAGAAAAGACUGAUGUAUCUGUUGAAAAAUAUGAUGGAGAAAGUGAUAAAGAACAGUUUGAUGAUGACCAGAAAGUAUGCUGUGGAUUCUUCUUUAAGGAUGAUCAAAAAGCGGAAAAUGAUAUGGCAAUGAAACGAGCAGCUUUGUUGGAGAAACGAUUAAGAAGAGAGAAAGAAACUCAGCUUCGGAAGCAGCAGCUGGAAGCAGAGAUGGAGCAUAAGAAAGAGGAAACGAGGCGUAAAACCGAGGAAGAACGUCAGAAGAAAGAAGAUGAGAAAGCACGUAGAGAAUUUAUUAGGCAAGAAUAUAUGAGGAGAAAACAACUGAAACUAAUGGAAGAUAUGGACACAGUCAUUAAAUCUCGCCCUCAAGGAACAAAACAGAAAAAACAGCGGCCAAAAUCUAUUCACAGAGAUCACAUUGAAUCACCCAAAACACCAGUAAAAGGUCCUCCAGUCUCUAGCCUUUCAUUGGCAUCACUGACCACAGGCGAUAACGAGAGCUUGCAUUCAGGCAAGAGGACACCCAGAUCAGAGUCUGUAGAGGGCUUCUUAUCUCCCAGUCGCUGUGGCAGUCGAAAUGGAGAAAAAGACUGGGAAAAUGCAUCAACAACUUCUUCCGUGGCUUCUGGAACAGAAUACACAGGACCAAAGCUCUACAAAGAACCCAGUGCAAAAUCCAAUAAGCACAUAAUUCAAAAUGCUUUAGCUCAUUGCUGUUUGGCUGGAAAAGUAAAUGAAGGUCAGAAGAAAAAGAUACUAGAGGAAAUGGAGAAGUCUGAUGCAAACAACUUCUUAAUCUUGUUCCGGGAUUCAGGCUGCCAAUUCAGAUCUCUUUAUACUUACUGCCCAGAAACUGAAGAAAUCAAUAAACUAACUGGGAUAGGCCCUAAAUCUAUCACUAAAAAAAUGAUUGAGGGACUUUACAAAUACAAUUCUGACAGGAAACAGUUUAGUCACAUACCUGCUAAAACAUUGUCGGCCAGCGUUGAUGCAAUUACCAUUCAUAGCCAUUUAUGGCAGACCAAAAGACCAGUAACCCCAAAAAAACUCUUACCCACCAAGCCAUAGGAGCUGGGAAGUAUUUGCUUCAGAUCAUUCGUGGUACAUUUGCACUUCAUCUUUCCUGCCUACAGAAAAUCUUUCUAAUUGCCAACAAGACUUUUAUUAAUUUAAACUGGACACUAAGCUCUGUUGUCAAGAACAACUGGAAUACAAACCACAGUAUUUUGGAAUCCAGAAGAUUCUCGCUUAGGUGAUAAGGUCAAGAGAUGAAGGAAAUGUUUUGAUUCGCCAUUGGAGAUCUGUAUGUUACAAGGUUUACCUGCUUAGUAUUAGAUCCAUUGAAGCACUGAAUUUUUAUGGACACUAAUUCCAUUUAUGGUUGACAUGGCUAGGAUUGCAAAUUAUGUGUUUUAUUUGUUGCUUUUUUUUUUUUACCCUUCAAUGUCCAUGCCUGUCUUCAGGUGGUCUGUUUUGUCAUUUCUUCUUCUGAGUUCCUUUGUAUUUUGUUUCAUAUGGAGAUCAUGAAAGUAGGAAAUAGCCUUCAGGGGUAACCUGCACCUUUCUUAAUGACGUGAAGAGAAGCACUAGUGUUUAGCUUUACAGUGACCCUCAUGUUUAAAUGGUGUUAGAGCAUUUGUAAAGAUUAUUCUGCUGAGUAUUUACAAUUCUGUAUUUAUUAUCACUCAAGUAUUAACAUUUCUGUAUUAAAUUAAGAAAAGGUGUUAUAAAGAGCUGCUAGUAGGUUUGCUUUAAACCACAUGAGCUUAUAACCAAGAAAUGCUUUCACAGGCUGCUGAUUAAAUCAGUGAUAUUCUUGUGCCACUUCUGGCCAACUCAGAAUAAUUAAGAUUUUUUUUUUUUCACAAAAAUAAAAAAGCUUUCUACUCUUUUAAAGCAAGUCACUUUAUAAGCUGGCAGAAGUGAAUGACACUUAGUCUGAAGAUACAAGACUUCCUGAAUUAGGUUCUCAAGAGGUCUUUAUAUUGUAUUUAUAACUGAUAGAAAAAGUGUAUUUAGAAUUUUUAAACCUGUCCAAAGGGCUACAUUUUAAUUUUAAGAUAGUGUCACAUUAUUUUACUUACUCUGGGUUCUUUUUAAUUCUCUUCAAGUGGAGCAGCUUAGGUUAAGUGCACACUUGAAUUCUCUUCUAUGUGAUCCUUGUUGUGUAACUGUGUAUACCAGAGGGUUAGUUGGGGAAAACUUCAUUCUCAGGAAAAGGUUUGAAUGACUCUGUGACCCUGUUCUGUUUCCGUGUUGUGACAGCUGUGUAAACUUGGGAGGGGGAGGCAGUAUUGUAUCAUAUGAGAUGGGUAGUUUGUUUUCUUUCAUGGGAAGUAGAGAUGAAAGGGUGUACAGUUCUCUAAUUGAGGUGUUUAGAGAGACAACUAACGUCUGAUAGGAUGUAUUUACUUAUUUAAGAAAAAGCAUAGGAAUGAGAUGUCCCUGAGCUGUACUUUUCUAUCAUUAUAAGGCCUGUAGGCAUCAUUGCAUCUGGGUUACCAACAUUUUCUCAAAUGCUGUCAAUAUUUUACUGUAAUUUAUGUUCUUAUAUUUAUGUAUAUUUGUUAAAACUGUAAAAAAAAUUUCUCAGAUUUUUUUCCAAUACCUGUGCAAGAUAUAUGUGUAACUCAAAAUUAUUUGUGAUCUACUGUUUGCAUGUAAGAGACCAGGAUAUAUAACUCUUAUAUUUUAAGUGUAUACAUAUUGUGUAUAUAAUAUAUGACUAUUAAAGUGGAAAAUAGCACAUUUUACCUUUCAGACACAAUUUCUAUCACAAUUAGAAGGAAGCAGUUGUCAAAUACAUGUUUAGAGUAAGACUAGUGUAAAAGGCUAAGCAAAUUAAUCAAGAUAAUGGUAAAUGAUAGUUAAAACAAGAAGUUAAUAUGCAUCCUGCAUCACUUACUCAAUUAGAUGUCCCUUAUCAAAGCAAUCUUUUUCAUGCUGAUAUUACUUGGCUGACAAAGACAAACAGGCGGUGAGACAGUGGAGGAUCCACGGAAGCAGAAAUAGGAGAGCCCUUUAUUCUUACAUUGGUCUGUGUCCAGCAACUCGGUGAAUGGCCACGAUGUGUAAAGGUAGAAUGUGAAUAUUGCCACAAAGUUCAUUGCUCUCAGUAUAAGAUUUUACUUUAUUAAUGCAAAAGGAAUAUGAAUAUAUUUCUUUAACUCUGCAAAUGUUUUAUUACGGUGCAUUUUUUUUUUUUGAAUUAUGUUUUUAAAAUCAUAUAAAUGAAAAAAGAUGCCAUUUGGUAAAGUCAGGAUUUCCUUACACCUUCUGGAACCCACUGGUGCUUUCAUUGAUCAGAGGUCAAGUCGUUCUGAUAACGACUCAGUUAUGUUGCCAAAUGUAGAUUCUUCUGUUUGACACAGCUUUGGAAAGGUUUUCAUUCCUCUCAGUUUUUCAGUUUUGUCUUAGGAUGACUGUUACAGUUUUUAUUUGGCUAUUUUAGCCAUGUUCAGCUGUUGAGUUCUGAUGUCAUGGUCACUGUUGGGUAUUGCGCAGUGUAUGAUGUGCUGACCUGCCCACCCUAGAGCAUUGCUUACAGAGCUGGUUUUUUUGUUUGUUUGGUUGGUUGGGUUUUUUUGUUUGUUUGUUUGUUUUGUUUUAAGAUGCUGUGCUGUAAAAUACUGUCAGAUUUGCUAUUUCCUGGUACAGUGUAGUUUUUCCCUUUUCAUUUGAAUAAAAGCAUGGCA